GCCGAAGAGUUGUAGUGGGUGGGGCUCCGCCUGUUUGAGAGACACGUGUGCAGGCGAACCAGGAAGUGGCUGCCGGAAUUGGAGAGCUUGCCUGGGUGGUCCUAGGAGUGGUGCAUGUAAUCACCAAAACCUGGAGUCCUCAGUAUGCUAUUGGGAUACAGCCCGGUGUCUCAGGCACUUCUAGGAACCUUCUUGACCUGGGGAUUGACGGCUGCUGGUGCGGCACUUGUCUUUGUCUUCUCCAGUGGACAGAGACGGAUCCUGGAUGGCAGUCUGGGUUUUGCAGCAGGGGUCAUGUUGGCUGCUUCUUACUGGUCACUUCUUGCACCUGCCAUUGAGUUAGCUGAAGACUCUGAGAAGUUUGGGGCAUUUGCAUUUUUCCCGGUAGCUGUUGGCUUCACCCUGGGAGCAGCCUUUGUGUACUUUGCUGAUGUCCUCCUCCCUUGGCUGGGUAUCAGUGAGCCUCCAUACACAGCACUAGCACUGAGCUGUGAUUCGAGAGCGGUGAAGGAGAAAUACGAGCACCAGCCUCCCAAUCCUCAGGAGUAUGAAAAUGAACUGACCAUCCGGAUAGGUAGAGCUGCACUGCAUUCAGACAAAAGUGAAAAUGGGGAACCUUAUCAAAGAAGGAAAGGUGCUGGAGGCGGCCAGCAAGAUGCUCCUACUCCAUCCCAGACUUUCAAAGACAAUACUCCAGUCCCAGCAAGCUGCAGUUGGAGGCGAAUCAUGCUGCUCAUCUUAGCAAUAACAAUACAUAACAUUCCAGAGGGUUUGGCUGUUGGUGUUGGAUUUGGUGCUAUUGGAAAGUCGGCAUCUGCAACAUUUGAAAGUGCUAGGAAUUUAGCAAUUGGGAUUGGCAUUCAGAAUUUUCCAGAAGGGCUUGCUGUCAGUCUCCCUUUACGUGGAGCUGGGUUUUCAACAUGGCGAGCAUUCUGGUAUGGGCAAUUAAGUGGCAUGGUGGAGCCAUUUGCUGGCCUUUUUGGUGCCUUUUCCGUUGUGCUAGCAGAGCCCCUUCUCCCUUAUGCGUUGGCAUUUGCUGCAGGAGCCAUGGUGUAUGUGGUGAUGGAUGAUAUCAUCCCAGAAGCACAGAUCAGUGGCAAUGGAAAGCUCGCUUCUUGGACUGCCAUCUUUGGAUUUGUGAUUAUGAUGUCCCUAGAUGUUGGACUUGGAUAACAGAAGAUGCAACAUUUCUCAUGUUUUGGACCUUCAGGAUAUGUCAGUUGGAUCAAAAUGCACAGCAGAGGCUAGAAUUAGAACACUGUGUUUUACCUAAUCAUACUGAUCUGGGUUGCUGUUGAUUUGCCUUUUAAUUAUAUGGACUUUGGACAUUUGCCAUAACAGAAUAUGAAUGGUUUUGGGAAAUACAAGAUGCUGCUUCUCGGGAAUGUUUCGUUUGCUACCUAGUUAUAUCUUUUUCAUCAGGGAUUUGGGUAUGGAACAUAUCAGUGAAGCUGCAAGGCAUGUUUCAUUUCGCUCCUUCUUUUGACACACAAGUUUUUGGUACUCUUAAAGGUCAGCCCUAAUCUGUGAUGAUUGUCUUUGCUGCGUGUUUACAAUUCUCUUUGUGUGAAGGCCUGCGUGUUUACAAUUCUCUUUGUGUGAAGGCCUAGGAGGCAGCGUCCACCAUGCUUUCUUCAAGCCUAUGGAAAAUAUUCAGCUUCACAAGGUGUUAAAAUGGGUAGUAUUUUUUAAAAAUUAGUUAAAUAAAUAGGAUUUUUGGAGCUGCGUUUAUAGGAUAGGGCAUGUUUGGGUUUAUUAACAUGUUAUGACAGGGAUUUACUGGAGGAGUCAGGGAAUAAUUUGUUUCAGACUUGAUGGUGUUUGUAGCAAAUAUUAAGUACAAUAUGCUUCGCUCAAGCACCCAGCUUCGAAAAUACUGCUUUUGUUGAUCCACUCAUAUAUUAAUUGUCUAAUCUGACUUCAAAAUAUCAGUGUCCUAUUUGAGGUUUAAGGUAUGAAUUACAUUGGUGAAAGUACAAGGAAGAGAGCUCUGUGAAAGGUAAAUUUAUUUCUUGGUAAAAUUGACCUGCUAAUAUGCUAUCGCCAGCAAGUCUUCCUAGCUGAUUUCAAUACUGAUUCCUUGGAGAAAAAGAUCUGAGAUUUACAGCAAUUUAGUAGCUACCUCCUACUGGCAGCAAUUUAGUGGCUACCUCCUACUGGCAGUACUGGCAGCCUAUAGUAUGGCAUUGUGGUAUUUAAUGAUAUUAUUGUUGCUUUUUUUUCACUUUGCUUGAAUUGUGAUAGGACUUCCAUUCACAUUCCUUGUUGCUUUGCGGGAUAGUAGGGGUGUUUCAGAUUCUCAGUUUUUAUUAAUCAGAGUAAUUAGUUUUCUACCUAUAUGGAAUUGACCAUCUUGUAUAGUUUCAAGAGCCAUGAGGAAAAGUUUCAUCUAUUGAUACUCAUCCAUGGAAAGAGAAAUGAAUGGGUGUUUUGACAUAUUCAACCAGAGUAUCAAUAGGUUGUACAUCUGUCAUACAAGGCUGGUACAAUUGUGGCUCUAUUUCUACUCCUAGGCUCCCUCUCUCAUCAACUCUAAACUAGCACGGCCAAUGGGAAGAACUUCAGGACUGGUGAUCAAGCAAUAUCUUGAGGGCCACAGGUCCUCCAUCUCUUGUCUGGCAGCUUCAUUUAUAUCUUCAGCAUAGAUAUUUACAGAUUAAAAUGUAAGAAUUGUGCUAAAAACACUGGGACAUACCAUUUUAAUAGUUUCUUUAUCAGAAGAGACAGAUGUAUUAUUAGUGCCUGUGGCCACAUGCCUGGCCCACCUAGUUUUUUCUCCAAGUUCACAAAACAAGGGCUCCUGUUGCCUUCCACACAAUUCCUAUUAUUCUAGGAGGAACAGAACAUAAGGGGUAUGAGUGUGUCUGCCCAUGCAAGCAUGUGUGUUUAACAUUAACCAACUUGUUUCCAUGAACGAAAUAAGGUCAAUGCUAAAUAAAGUCAAUGGAAGUUUAUGUUCACGUAGGCCAGUACAGAAUGAUAAUUUGUAAUCAACGGAUGGAUCUUUUGUAACUUUAAUACAGCAGAAUAAAAGAAGAGAUUUAAAACAUUA